AUGUCGGGUUGUGGUGACUUUUUAAAUAUGUUUGAUAACGAGGCGAAUCAGGGGAGUUAUUAUAACAAUCAAGAUAACAAAGCGAGCGUGUUUGAUCUGAAUGCUCCGUUCGAUCCCAGUCUUGCGUCUGAUGCAUGUCAGGAUACUUGGGGUUUGGAUGCCUUUCAGCCUAAUUAUGCUCGUUAUUAUCCAUCGCAACACCCAAUUAAUUUUGAAGCCCCUCCUAUUAGUGUUGGACCGCCGACUGAUAGUUCUAAUUCUCCUCCCAUAAGUGGUGGACCGCCCGAGGGUCCAAAUGCUGACCAGGAACCUAGUGAGUUUCAAAACAAGCAGAAAUUCGCUAGCAUGGAUGAAUUGGUAGAAUGGUAUAGAGACGUCGGACGCGAAAAUGGCUACGCCCUCGUCACCAAACGCACCAUCUACGAUAAAACCCCAAGUGGCCAGCCGUUAAAAAUUUGGCUUACGUGUGAUUGUGCCGGCGAGUACAAAUCAACAACCACGGUCAGACGCAGCGGGACCAGGAAAACCGGUUGCAAGUUCCAACUGAUCGGGACAUACAGAAAUAAGUUAGGUUAUUGGGAUCUAAGGUUUGAGGAAGCUAAACAUAACCACGAACCAUUUCUGUAUCCAGAGGGUCAUCCUUCCCUAAUGAGGCUGACUCCAUCGGAAGAGAGGAUGGUGGAGCAAAUGACGCAUCAGAACAUAAAACCACGAGACAUUCUUGCUGCCAUUAAAGAACAGAACCCCCAUAAUGUCUCAACAAGAAACACCAUAUACAACGCUCGGGCCAAAUUGGGUCGAAUGUGUUAG